AUGGCUUGGCUGACGUGGCUGAUCCUGCUUCCGCUAGCGCACUUAGCGGCCGUCGCCGAAGCUAGUAGCUCUUUCGCCAGUCAGGAACACGAAACCAGAGCCCAGGCGCUCUUCGACGCAUGGUCACAGGCGUACGGCCUCGAGAAUACCUCCACACUGCUCCCCCCUUCGCCGCUCGCCCUUCCCCCCAACGUUCCCCCUCCACCCCACCUCGAAGACUGCGCCGCGCGCACCGCUGCGCGCCAGGCGGCGGAAGAGCGGGGGGAGGGCGGAACCCUCCCCGCAUGGGCGCGCGGGGAGUUUGGGGAGUGCUGCGGAGGCAGCGAGGGGGAUGUGGAGAACGGGGGCAAAGGCGAGAGUGCGGGAAGCGGGGGAAGUGGGGGAAGGGGGGAUGAUGGGAGGGGGUGUUGUAACUGCGGGCCCCAACCACCAUGGAUACGAGGCUCCGACGCGGCCAAUCUCGCGAUGACACGUGGCGUGCAGCGCGACAUGUGGCGGCACCAGUUCCCCGCCAGCUGUACCGGGCGGCGGCUGAUGCUAUCGCGCUGGCCCAACCUGCACCAUGGGAUGGGGAGCAUGGUGCAUGUGGUGGGGGCGUAUCUCAGCAUUGCCAUGCGCAGCAAUCGCACUCUUGUGCUCAUGCCAGGCACUUUCGAGCGAGCUGGGCGCGAGUGUGAAGACCUGCGCCAGGCGCAGCAAUGGGAGUGCUAUUUUUUCCCCAUCGCCUCCCCUGGAUGCGUGCAAGAGGCCAUGGCAGCACAUGGGCGAGGGGAGGCGCCAGAUAUCCGUGGGAAUGAUGUGAGGGAGAGCAUGCUGGGUGGAGACACACAGGUGGUAUACCUCGCACUCUCAUCCCUCUAUGGGGACGUUGAUGCUGCCAAACUGCAACGGGGCAAGCCAUGGCUGGAUCGGCCUUACACUGUUCAACAGCAAAACUCAAUCUCCAGCAUGUACCCAGACUGGAUGAUGGCUCGGUGGUGGCGAGCUCAAGCCGCCCGUUUCUUGCUCCGCUGGCCGUCCGCUCAUCUCUGCCACGUCAUCAACCGCGUCCGCCACGUCAGCUACGGCCACCUCAUGGCCGAUCGUGUGGCAGCAGUCGCUGCCCAGCAGGCGAGCAUCGUCCAAUCGCUGAACGACACCUCGGGUGCUAUCUCAACAGCCACGUCAGAUGCCAGCUCAGCUGCCAGCUCAGCAGCCACGUCAGCUGCCAGCUCAGCAGCAGAAAGAGGAGAUCCACUAGACGAUCUGCUGCUGCUGGUUGCAGCCAAGGCAAAGGCAGCCGAGAGGGAAAUGCCUGCAUCCAAUGGCAGUGCGACACCUAACUCUACUGAUGCGGGGGGGAGUGAAAGCAUCGACAUGGGGGGAGGAAGCGAGGGCUCGGGGAGUGGGGACUCAGGCGUGGGAGGGGAGGUGCUGAUGGUGCGGCCGGUGGUGAGCAUGCAUGUGAGGCUGAGUGACAAAGGGUCCGAGAUGCAGCUGCACCCGCUCCCUGCGUUCAUGCUUGUUGCUGCCCGGCUGAGACAGCACCAACCGGACCUGAAGCACGUCUGGCUGAGCACAGAAGUGCAGGUGAGAGGGGAGGGGAGGGGAGUGGGGGAUGGAAGUGGGGAAGCGGUGGAAGCAAGGGAUGAAAUGCAUGUGCGGCUGAGUGACAAAGGGUCCGAGAUGGAACUGCACCCGCUCCCUGCGUUCAUGCUCGUGGCUGCCCGGCUGAGAGCGCACCGGCCGGAUUUGAAGCACGUCUGGCUGAGCACAGAAGUGCAGCAAGGGAUGCAAGUGCAUGUGCGGCUGAGUGACAAAGCGUCUGAGAUGGAGCUUCACCCGCUGCCGGCGUUCAUGCUUGUUGCUUCCCGACUGAGACAGCACCAGCCGGACCUGAAGCACGCUUGGCUGAGCACAGAAGUUCAGUCUGUAAUCGACGAGACAAGCGAUUUUCCCAGCUGGACUUUUUUCUACACCAACGCCUCUAGAGUGCAGAGUGCGCAACAAAUGAAAGACGAGCAGGAAAGUGCCCAGCAGCCAAUAGCAAACAUUUUUGCCAAUUUGCUUAUCACAGCGGAAUGCGAUUAUUUUAUUGGGUCCUUGGGAUCGAAUUGGAACAGGCUUAUUGAUGAAUUGCGCAGUUCAAAUGGAAGACUGUACUCAGGGCUUGUUUCGUUUACAUUCGGAAUGUAA